UUUCAAGGUCGCCUGUUUCCACUAUCGUACAAGGCUCUGAGGUACAAGGAUGUGAAGGAAUUAGUAAUAGUUGGAUUUCGUCCGUUUAACAAUGUACUGGAUUGUAUUCUCUGGUUUCCACUUUACUACGAAAUCAAGACCGUUUUCGUCCUCUACUUGGUCCUGCCAUUCACUCAAGGGUCUAGCAUUAUAUACAGGAAGAUAGUCCAUCCUCAACUUAGCAACAAGGAAAAGGUUUUAUUAUAUUGA